UUUAAAAAAAAAAAGACUUCAGAUAUAGUUACUGGCAUUCCAUUGAGACUAAGAAAAUUGAUUCUGAAUUAAUUCUGUUGGUUUCUCUCAGGAUGGUUCUGUCUGAGGCUAGGACAUUUUUGACGUUCCGUGCAGUGACAUCUGAAGUCCGGCGUGCGUACUGACUGUUAAGUCAUCCUGGUGAUUCAUAAUUUAAAAUGUGGACCGUUUCACAGGGGGAAACUUUGUCUUCAGUCACAUGAAGUAGCUGACCGCCUUAGCUGACCGCGUUAGCUGCGUGAGCAUCUCAGCGGGGGCGCUGGGCUCCGGGAAGACGGCGGUAAAGCGGCAGUAAAGCGACUAUCCGACUGUCCCGACUAUCCCGAUAGACCAGGAGCCGACCUGCUGGGUCCUGCAGCAGGUGUGUGCCAGGUCCUUUCCAGAGUUGCCUGGGGCCCUUGAAAGCUGUAUCUGCUCUGCCCUCCACUUCUGGGCAACCUGUGCGGACGGCUUUGCGUUCACUGGAGUUUCACGUAAGGACCCUGCCUUGUCUUUGGAUCUGGCUCCUUCCAUUCAGCAGCACGCCGAGUCGGUGGCGUGUGCGUGUCGGUAGCUCAUUCCCUCCCCGCUGAGCAGUCGUCCGCUCUGGGGUCGACCCUUUUCUGUUUAUCCGUUCACUGGUCGGCGGACAUUGGGGUUGUUUCCAGACUUUGGCUGUUGUGAGUGAAGCUGCUAUGAACUUUGGCGUAUCAGCCUGCCAUGGCCGACCAGAGACAGCGCUCACUCUCUACCUCCGGCGAGUCCCUGUACCGUGUUCUGGGGCUGGACAAGAAUGCGACCUCAGACGACAUUAAAAAGUCCUAUCGGAAGCUUGCCUUGAAGUAUCACCCCGACAAGAACCCCGACAACCCGGAGGCUGCAGACAAGUUUAAGGAGAUCAACAGUGCGCACGCCAUCCUGACGGACGCCACCAAGAGGAACAUCUAUGACAAGUACGGCUCGCUGGGGCUGUACGUGGCCGAGCAGUUCGGGGAGGAGAACGUGAACACCUACUUCGUGCUGUCCAGUUGGUGGGCCAAGCUGCUCUUCGUGGUGUGCGGGGCCCUCACGUGCUGCUACUGCUGCUGCUGCCUGUGCUGCUGCUUCAACUGCUGCUGCGGGCGCUGCAAGCCCCGGGCGCCCGCGGGCGAGGACGCCGACUUCUACGUGUCCCCCGAGGACCUGGAGGCGCAGCUGCAGUCGGACGAGCGGGAGGCCACAGACACGCCCGUCGUCGCACAGCCCGCGUCGGCCACGGAGACCACCCAGCUCACGGCCGACUCCCACCCCAGCUACCACACCGACGGCUUCAACUAGGCCCGGGAGUGGCCGCGGUAGAGGCUAGCCCGGCACUCGGCCACUUCACCCCUAGAGUCACGGACCGUAGUCACAGAGAUGGGGAGCGCGCAGCUGCCGGCCGCCGGGGCCCUGCCCACCUCUGUGCCCGCCCGCCUGUCGCCCCCACCACGUGAAGUGCGUCGCAUGCAGUAUUUAAAGCAGUUCAGCUACGGUCUCCUCCUCCUUCUGUUUCUUCCUUUUCUGAUAGCAUGUGCGGGUUCUGUCCCCUGUCUGUGCUGUGGACGUGCUGCCGCGCGGCCCUGUUAACCGGACCGUGGAUCUCCCUCGGGGCUUACGAUUCGCUGCACCGACCCCGGCUGUGUGCUGGGUCCCCGCCAAGCAGCCUGGGGCAGGAAGGGUGGCUCCUUUCCCUGGUGUCGGUGGG